AUGGUGGUUUCUACCCGUAAUCAUAUUCAACGAGCCUACGGUUCCCCCGAAAGGGACCGGAUCCAGGGCGCUGUAGGGUUCAAUCAGGCCCUCAGAAAACAGUAUGGAUUUGAUCCAUUACGGACUAAGUGCAAGGUUUACCAACACUUUGGCGUUCCAUACCGGUCUGGAACACGCCUGAUAAGUGAAAAUAACCGUGAUCGACGUCAUUUUGAGCCCGGCGAGGACCCAAGAAGCCGUCCCCUGCUCGUCGAAACCAAGGAUAUCUAUGAGAUGGAAAGGAUCCUUGAAGAACAAGAUGUCUACGGAAGGACUAUGUCUUGGGAAGCCUUAGGGUAUGAGGCUGGUCUAUAUGUAUCCGGGCGUACGAUUGAACGGGCUAUGGGCACGAAAGAUUACCGCAGAUGCGUCGCAUGUAACAAGGCGUGGAUUUUCUCAAAACCAACCAAAAAACGAGUCGAUUGGGCUACUUUGAUGAAGGCCCGGUAUCCUACCAAGUAUACCUGGCGGAAAGUCCGUUUUAGCGACGAGUCCCGCGCCGGGCACGGUCCGCAGGGAAAGUUGGUAAUCAUUCGACGAAAGGGCGAACGGAGAAGUAAGGAAGACGCUAAAAAGAAGGUACACGUUUGGGGGGCAGCAGGGUACGACUUCAAAUCGGACCUUAUAACAUACAAUAUACCGAGCAAUAGGCAAGAUGACCCAACGCGAGAAUGGAAGGCUCAAAACGGUCUGAAACACUACUUCAACUGCGCCUCAUCUCUGGAUCUCGCGAUCAUCGAGAACUGUUUCCAACCAAUGAAACAACAUGUACGUAAAUAUACCCAUUGUGAGCCCGAUGAGACGCAGGAGCUCCUAAAAGAGGGAUAGGACGGUAUUAACCAGGUUUGGAUCAAUUCCCGCAUUGAUUCUAUGCCUGAAUGGCUCCAGGCCGUGAUAGACGCAGAGGGACAGCUGAUUGGAGAUUUUUAAGGCGAAAACCUCCUAGAAUCUGUUAGACAUA